AGCGAGCGAACCAUCGAAGGAGCAAAGAGACCGGGCGAAGACGAGCCCAGUGGCCCGGGCGAGCGAGUGAGGGCCGGCGGGGGCGAGGCGAGACGGCCGGGCACGCGCCGCUCAGCCUGCUGUCCGCGGUCCGGGCCGCGCGUUGCGCCAGGCAGGACACUGCUACUGCUGGAGGUACCUGACAGGAAGCAUCCUGCCUGCUUCCUUGAGCCUGGGCCAUCUGGCCACUUCAGCCCCUUGGAAUCUUCUGGAACCGUCAGGUGUAGUUCCACUUUGCUGCAACCAUGGGGUCUGAGGACCACAGCGCCCAGAACCCCAGCUGUAAGAUCAUGACCUUCCGCCCCACCAUGGAUGAAUUCAGGGACUUCAACAGAUAUGUGGCAUACAUUGAGUCGCAGGGUGCCCACCGUGCUGGCCUGGCCAAGAUCAUUCCACCUAAGGAGUGGAAGCCACGGCAGACAUAUGAUGACAUUGACGAUGUGGUCAUCCCAGCACCUAUUCAGCAGGUGGUGACAGGCCAGUCGGGGCUUUUCACGCAGUACAACAUCCAGAAGAAGGCCAUGACCGUGGGGGAAUACCGCCGCCUAGCCAAUAGUGAGAAGUACUGUACCCCACGCCACCAGGACUUCGAUGACUUGGAGCGCAAGUACUGGAAGAACCUGACCUUUGUCUCACCCAUCUAUGGAGCUGACAUCAGUGGCUCCCUGUACGACGAUGACGUGGCCCAGUGGAACAUCGGCAAUCUGAGGACCAUCCUAGACAUGGUGGAGCGUGAAUGCGGGACCAUCAUUGAGGGCGUGAAUACACCCUACUUGUACUUUGGCAUGUGGAAGACCACGUUUGCCUGGCACACAGAGGACAUGGACCUCUACAGCAUCAACUACCUGCACUUCGGCGAGCCUAAGUCCUGGUACGCCAUACCACCGGAGCACGGCAAGCGCCUGGAGCGCCUGGCCAUAGGCUUCUUCCCUGGGAGUUCACAGGGCUGCGAUGCCUUCCUAAGGCACAAGAUGACGCUCAUCUCGCCCAUCAUCCUGAAGAAGUAUGGCAUCCCCUUCAGCCGGAUUACACAGGAAGCUGGGGAGUUCAUGAUCACGUUCCCCUAUGGUUACCAUGCGGGCUUCAACCAUGGCUUUAACUGCGCUGAGUCCACUAACUUCGCCACGCUGCGCUGGAUCGACUAUGGCAAAGUGGCCACGCAGUGUACAUGUCGAAAGGACAUGGUCAAGAUCUCCAUGGAUGUGUUUGUACGCAUCCUGCAGCCCGAACGCUAUGAGCAAUGGAAACAAGGCCGUGACCUCACAGUGCUGGACCACACGAGGCCCACAGCCCUGAGCAGUCCUGAGCUGAGCUCCUGGAGUGCCUCGCGCACCUCGAUCAAGGCCAAGCUCCUGCGCAGACAAAUUAGUGUGAAGGAGAGCAGACCCUGGAGAAAGGCUGAGGAGGAGAGGAGGCGGGAGCCGACCAGGAGGCCAGGGCCGGCGUCACACCGGAGACGGAGCCAGCCCAAGAAGUCAAAGCCUGAAGAGUCCAGGGCUCCAGGGGAAGCUGUGGCUGGGGUAGCUGCUCUGGAUGAGGCCAGGGGCUGUUCCCGAGGAGAGACCAUGCCUGAGGAGGAGGAAGAGGAGGAGCUGCUACCUUCACAGGGCCAUGAGACCGAGGGUAUGGAAGAGGAUGUCAGAGGCAAGCCUCGGCCCACUAAGGCCAGAAACAAGAAGAAGACUCCCAGCCCUCUGUCACCCCCAUUGCUGUCUGCCCCACCAGCCCUGUUCCCCACCGAGGAGGUCCUGAGGCCACCACCCCAACCCAAGUCUCCAGGGCCAGCUAUGGGCCCCAUGGCUGCAGAGAGGGGUCCUCCACCAACACCCCUCAAUGUCGUGCCUCCUGGGGCGCCAGUUGAGGAAGCAGAGGUGCGGCCACGGCCCAUUAUCCCAAUGUUGUAUGUGCUGCCCCGCACCAGUGGCACCGAUGGGGACAGGGAGCACUCUGCCCACGCACAGUUGGCACAGUUGGCACCCAUGGAGCUGGGGCCGGAAGAGGAAGACCAGGCCCAGGCUGGUGACUCACAGGCAACAACCCCUUUCUCUAAGCUGAAGGUGGAAAUCAAAAAGAGCCGGCGUCACCCCUUGGGUCGGCCACCCACUCGAUCCCCGCUGUCAGUGGUCAAGCAGGAGGCCUCAAGUGAUGAAGAAGCCUUCCUGUUCUCAGGAGAGGACGAUGUCAGUGAUCCCGAGGCCUUGAGAUCGCUGCUGUCCCUGCAGUGGAAGAACAAGGCAGCCAGCUUCCAAGCCGAGAGGAAGUUCAAUGCGGCAGCCGCCCUCAGUGAGCCCUACUGUGCCAUCUGUACCCUCUUCUACCCCUACAGCCAGUCAGUACAGACAGAGCGGGACAGUGCUGUCCAGCCGCCCUCCAAAAGUGGCCAGAGGACACGGCCACUGAUCCCUGAGAUGUGCUUCACUUCAAGUGGGGAGAACACAGAGCCACUGCCUGCCAACUCCUACGUCGGUGAGGACGGCACCAGUCCGCUCAUCUCCUGUGCCCACUGCUGCCUGCAGGUCCAUGCCAGUUGCUAUGGUGUCCGGCCUGAGCUGGCCAAAGAGGGCUGGACAUGUUCCCGGUGUGCGGCCCACGCCUGGACUGCGGAAUGCUGUUUGUGCAACCUGCGGGGGGGAGCACUACAGAGGACCACAGAGCACAGGUGGAUUCACGUGAUCUGCGCCAUUGCAGUCCCCGAGGUACGAUUCCUCAAUGUGAUUGAACGCAACCCAGUGGACGUCAGUGCCAUCCCUGAGCAGCGAUGGAAACUGAAAUGCGUGUACUGCCGCAAGCGUAUGAAGAGGGUGUCGGGUGCCUGCAUCCAGUGCUCAUAUGAGCACUGCUCCACAUCCUUCCAUGUGACCUGUGCGCAUGCUGCUGGUGUCCUCAUGGAGCCCGACGACUGGCCCUAUGUGGUGUCCAUCACCUGCCUCAAACACCGGGCCAGCGGAGCAGGGGGCCAGCUCCUGCGCACGGUGUCCCUGGGCCAGAUCGUCAUCACCAAGAAUCGCAACGGGCUCUACUAUCGCUGCCGGGUCAUUGGCACCACUGCGCAGACAUUCUACGAGGUCAACUUUGACGAUGGCUCCUACAGUGACAACCUGUACCCAGAGAGCAUCACGAGCAGAGACUGCCUACGGCUAGGGCCUCCCGCUGAGGGCGAGCUGGUGGAGCUGCGGUGGACAGACGGUAAUUUGUACAGAGCCAGGUUUAUCUCCAUGGCCACCAGCCUCAUCUACCAGGUGGAGUUUGAGGAUGGGUCUCAGCUGACUGUGAAGCGUGGGGACAUCUUCACACUGGAAGAGGAGCUGCCCAAGAGGGUGCGGUCCCGGCUGUCACUGAGCACUGGCACACCACAGGAGCCCAGCUUCUCUGGAGACGACGUGAAGGCUGCCAAGCGCCCACGGGUGGCCGCAAUGCUGGCCACCACCACUGAGGACACAGGGCGUAGCCCAGAAUACCUGUCCUUCAUGGAGAGCCUGCUGCAGGCACAGGGCCGGCCUGGAGCACCCUUCUAGAUCCUGCCCAAUCCUGUCCCGCUGUAGGUAACUGGUAACAGGACCAGCAGGAUCCAACUUGGCCAGACUCAGGGAGCAGGACCAGCAACCCUGGACUACAGUGACUCCAUGGGGCCUGGCCUGGCUCUGCUCUUCUCCUAAAGGUGCUAAGGGGCAUCCCAGAGCCUCCUGUGACAGAUGCUAGCCAAGGACACUGGGGCACAGCCCCAACCUGUUUUCUAGACUUGUGGCUUUAAAAACUGACAGCAGGUACAUUCUUUUUCCUCCAAACCAGGAUGUGAGGAGAUAAAAGUUUCAUCUGUGUUUGACACCUGCAGAUGUUUGUCUACUGAGCAGGUGGAAAGGCACUUUUGUAUCCCUGGAAGGGACAGCGGCCCAGUGUGCAGUGACCUGUGUGAUGGCCGCUUGUGCUCCCUCAUGCCUCCUGUUCUGGGAGGUGGGCCUGCAGGAGUGGCCCUGCCAUGCCCCCACCAUGUCCCUCUGUGCAGAGUCUGCUUCACUCUGCCUUUGCUGCCUGGGGUCCCAUGAGCCUUCACACUUGGACCAGGGCCUCUGUGACUGAGGGCAGGAGAAAGCAGGUGCCACCUUCACUUGAAGCUCUGGUCAAGUGACACGGGACACAGACUUCACAGGCCCGGUCUGCACUAUCUGCCACCGCCCACGGGUUGGCUAUGGGCUCAGUCUCUUUAGAAACCAACGCCACCCUAGGGCGUCAGGCCCAGGAUAGACAGCUGAUCUUAAAUGACAAAGGACUGGACUGAGGGCCCUGGCCCUAUGGACCAGCUGGGAACUUAGGGACUGGGCCUCUGCUGAGCGCCCGAUGGCAGCCGUGCCCAUGUGUACUUGGAAAUUCUAUUUAUAUUGUAAAGAGAAUAAAAAAGGACCUAACCUUGGGCCUGGAGGGAGAGGCCAGACCACAGGAGUCUCAGGCUAUGCCCCUUGUGGGCUAUGCAGUGGCUGCAGGUGGCCCCACACACGCCCCACACAGAGAGGCCCGGGUUUUUGUGCAAAAGCAAACCCAUGCCCUUCCCCCUCUCCCCACCCCAGAUGAAGGACUUCAUAUUUUUGCCUCAUUCUCUGGCCUCCGGUUCAGUAUCAAUUAAAGCCCUUGAGCUGAGCGCUUCCUAUU